UUCAAAUUGACCUGAUUUUGCAAGAGAUGGUGGUGGUGACACAUGAGAAGAGGAAAAGCUCUCCUAUUCCGAAGCAGAAGUUUAGCUUUUUUGAGAAUGUGAGCAAGACUGUUGCAAAACGUUUCAUCAAUGUCACCUUUCUUGAUGUGGAUUUGAAGAGAGCGAGGAACGAGAAGGAGUUAGCUAAGCAAAACUUCAAUGACCUAACUUUCGAGCUUGAGAAAGUUAAGGAGGAGUUGGCUACUGGUAAGAAGGUUACCGAGCUAGAAGAGAAGAAAAGGAAAAAAUGUGAAGAAAAUCUAGCCAAGGUGGAAAAUGAGCUAGCCAAAGUGCAGAGGGAAGUGGAGUUGGCGGACGAAGCUGGACAAAUUGUCCUCCCACCUAGUGUGGAGUAUGAGUUUGUUGCUAUUGACAAGGAUGAAGCCGGGGUGGCUGGUGGGACUGAGGUCGGAGACAACAUUGCUAAGCAAGAAGUGGACAAGCAACAUCAAGUCAUCGACUGAUCUUGGCUAGCUCAUGUUUAAUUUUUGUAUUUGUGAAUUUAAAGAGAUUUGUACUUCAUUUGGAAUUGAAACAAUAUCAAUUUGAGAAAUCUUAUUUUUGUAUGUUUUUUACAUUUAAAUGUGAGUUCUGACUUCAAAAUUAUAACUUGAAAACUGAAGUAAAAUUAGAACUGAAGU